AUGGCGCGCUAUGCAUCCAGUGGCUCAUUAUACUGGGAGCGGGAUGAUAAACCACCUGCAGAACGGUCUCCUUCCUUCUCCCCGCCUGCCUCAUCUGCUGAGGUUGAGACGGCCGCUUAUGUUGCCCUGGCACUGCUCACUGGGACCAGCCCAACUUCAGCACAAAUUACAACAGCAUCACAGAUUGUGCACUGGCUUACCAAGCAGCAGAAUCCUUAUGGAGGCUUCUCAUCCACCCCGGACACAGUGAUGGGUAUUCAAGCAUUGGCUCGGUUCGGCUACCUUACCUUCUCUAAGGAUGGUCGGAACACUGUUAGGAUCCAGUCUGAAAAGCCUUUUGAGAAAGUAUUUGAGGUGGACAGUACAAAUCGCCUAUUGCUGCAACAGACCUCUCUGCCUGAUGUCCCAGGAGAGUAUACAGUGAACGUGAAUGGCAAUGGAUGUGUCUUUGCCCAGGUAAUAUAGAGGGCCCUUGAUAUC